UUCAGAGAGAAGCUAUUCUCAAACAUAUCAACCAGCAUAAAGAGUAUAUCAAGGAAGCUCAAGACCAGCUUGUUACAACUACUGUGCUUUCAGUUGCCAAACAGGUUGGAGAGAUUCAUGAUCAUCUGGUAAAUCUUUUUCAUUACUGCAUUGAUGUAUACUAAUAUCCUCAUAGAUAAGUUCUUUAAGAAUGAUUCAACCUAUCAAGUAUGUUUCUGUAUAUAUUUUAAAGUAUAAUAGAUCUCAUAAUAAUCCACUGAUUAGUAGCUUUAUGCUCUCUGCUAUUCCACCACCACCACCACCACCACCUCUUAUAUUUAAGGGUCGAGAUAAUUUAGUCCAAGAAGGCAUAGCUAAUCUUCUUGCUGACUCUCCUCAUCCUAUUAUUAUUAUGGGAUUUGGAUGUAUGGGAAAAACAUCAUUAGCACUGAAAUUGCUAGAUGAUGCAGCUGUACAAAACAAAUAUGGAGAAUGCAGAUACUUCAUUCCUUGUGAUGAAGUCUGCAGUGUUGAGUCUACUAUUGGAAUAUUAAUGCAGAGUGUAAUGAGAUUGAUGAGGUUGCAAACUACCAGUGAUCCUAUACAACAGCUAUAUGCUAUAUCAAAGCCAGUAGUCCUACUUUUUGAUAAUUUUGAAACUGUUUGGGAUAACAGUAGUAAUCAAAGUGUUCAAAGACUUUUAGAGCAGUUGAAUACUAUAAAACAUAUUACUCUGAUGAUUACUAUGAGAGGAAGUGUUUCUCCAAUAGACAAUAUUGAUUGGCUAGAACUACCACAUAAUGGUCUAUCACAACUAGCUGAAUCUUCAUCAUUAGAUGUGUUUAUUGCAAUUUCAAGAUAUAGUGAUAAUAUGAAAAUUGUCACAAAGCUACUUGAAAAACUAGAUGGAUGGCCAUUAGCUCUUAUAUUAAUGGCUCAUCAAGCUAAAAUUAUUCAUCCAGAACUGCUUCUAGAGAGCUGGGAUAAAGAAAGAACCUCAUUAUUAGAAAAACCAGGCAUUCAAUCUCGGUUAACAAGUGUUAAUAUUUCAAUCAAAAUAACUCUUCAGUCACCAUUGCUUUCAAAACCCAACAUUCUCAAGUUGUUGAGUGUGAUAUGCUAUCUUUCUGAUGGUAUUCCUACAUGGUCAAAAAUGUUGAGCAAAAUGCUACCAGAUCUUUCAGAAAAAACAGGAAUUAUAUCUAAUUUGUUACAGUCUGGAAUUAUAUACAAAGAUAAUAAAGAUGGAUUGAAAAUAUUGCAACCAAUCCAGGAAUAUCUGAAAGUAUAUUUUCCACAGCCAGAUAUAUAUAUAAAACAGCAGUUUUGCUCUUUUUAUUUGAAUGAAACUAAAGACAAACAAUUACAUUCCUUGAUUUCACCAGAAAACACAAAGUUUGGUUUAGCUCAUUUAAACAAUUGUGAAUGGAUAUUCUAUGAGAUUUUAAAGAGUUGUGAUACUGAAGAAGAACUGAACAUAAUAUUUAACUUUUGCUGCUUUCAAUAUUUUGCUGGAGGAUCAUAUAUUUUAUUGCAAAAAGUUAUAGCUAUAACAAAAGAUCUAAAUAUACUAUAUUUGAAUGCUUAUGCAAUAUUAUUAUUAGGCAAAAGAUUAGAUAUAUCUGAUCAACAAGUAGCACAAAAGAAAAUAAGUGAGGCAAAGCAAAUAUUUGAGAGCAUUGAUGAUUCUUUUGGAGUAGCACAGUGUUUGCAAAGCUUGGGAAAUAUCCUGCAGAUGAUGAGUCAAUAUCCAGAAGCCAAAAGCAAGCUAGAGAAAGCCAUGAAAAUGUUUGAGACCAUUGAUCAUUCUCUUGGAGUAGCACAGUGUUUGCAAAGCUUGGGAAAUAUCCUGCAGAUGAUGAGUCAAUAUCCAGAAGCCAAAAGCAAGCUAGAGAAAGCCAUGAAAAUGUUUGAGACCAUUGAUCAUUCUCUUGGAGUAGCACAGUGUUUGCAAAGCUUGGGAAAUAUCCUGCAGAUGAUGAGUCAAUAUCCAGAAGCCAAAAGCAAGCUAGAGAAAGCCAUGAAAAUGUUUGAGACCAUUGAUCAUUCUCUUGGAGUAGCACAGUGUUUGCAAAGCUUAGGAGAUAACCUGCAGAUGAUAAGUCAAUAUCCAGAAGCCAAAAGCAAGGUGGAGAAAGCCAUGGAAAUGUUUGAGACCAUUGGUGAUUCUCUUGGAGUAGCAUAGUGUUUGAAAAGCUUGGGAAAUAGCUUGCAUAUGAUGAAUCAAUAUCCAGAAGCCAAAAGCAAGGUGGAGAAAGCCAUGGACAUGUUUGAGACCAUUGGUGAUUCUCUUGGAGUAGCACAAUGUUUUCAAAGCUUGGAAGAUAUCUUGCAAAUGAUGAGUCAAUAGCCAGGAGCAAAAAGCAUACUGAAGAAAGCCAUUGUAACAUGCAUGCUGACAGAACUCAGAUAUCAAGCCAAUUCCAACAAAACAUAUUUUGGAAUCCUAUGGAUCCCAAUUUCCACUUUCUAUUUCAUAUUCUAUUUUAUAUUUCAUCUCUCCAUUUUAAUUUAUCAAUAGCUCAACAUUGGUAGCAUAGCACAUCAUCAGACUCCAUCAGCUACUGACUGGUAGACUAUAACUUCUGACAACCCUAGAAUGUAGACCACACCAAGUAGAAACUAGAUUGGACUCCUAGCUAGUAUAUAAACUGUAG